UGGCCAGUGCGGAGCGCCCUGCGGUCCUCGUGCUGGACGGCCUGGACGAGUUGUCCGAGGAGCAUCAGGCUGAUGUGUCCUGGCUGUGUGGGCCCCUUCCUCUACAUGUCUAUGCCAUUCUCUCUGCCACCACAAACUCCACUGCUGCCCUGGAACUGCAGAAACGUUCUCAUGCCCAGGUGAUUUAUUUGCCUCCCCUCACCCCUGAGGAGGUCUCCCAGGCCCUGGAGCUCAUGCUGGAGGCAGAUGGCCGGAGGCUUCAGCCCCAGCAGUGGCAGCUGCUCCAGCAGGCCUGCCUCUCCUGCCCUUCCCCUCUCUUCCUGGAGGCCGCCUGCUUCGAGACCAGGGCCUGGAGUUCUUUCUCUCCCCAGGAGAGGCUCAUCCUGCCCGGGGACCUGGCGAAGCUCUACGGGGCCUUGCUCGCCCGACUGGAGCGCGAGCACGGAGAGCAGCUGGUGCGACGGGCCGCUGUGCUCAUCGCUCUCCCGCGCCGGCGUCACCGAGGACGAGCUCCUGGAGCUCCUGGAGCGCGACUCCCAGGUCCUCCGUGAGGUGGACACCCCGUCCCAUCAGCCCUCAACAUCCUCAUCCUCAUCUGACAGCCUUCCCAGAGUGCCGAGCGUGCUGUGGGCGCACCUGCGCCGGGCCUUCGGUCCUCACCUGACGGAGGUGGAGAGCGACGGCACCUGGCUCCACCGCUGGAGCCACUUGGAGUUCGGCCGCGUCGUCGUGCAGCGCUACCUGCGCUCCGAGGACUGCAGGAGGGUCGUGCAUGCCGACUUCGCAGACUACUACAGAGGACGCAUCAGCGGGAGGCACACUGAGGUCUUCCAGCCUUUGGCCUGGGUCUUAAACGAGGGAGAGGAGCGCAGGAAGAAUUACGUGUUCAACCUGCGGAAGCUCCAUGGGCUGCCCUACCACCUGGUCCACUCGGGUCAGAUCAUGCCCCUGAUGGACGAAUGUAUUUUCAACUACGAGUUCCUCUUGCACAAAGCGUGGGGUCUGUCUGUGCUUCACAUCGAGGAGGACCUGAAAGCUGCUGUUAUACCAGAUAAGGAGCUGCUGGAUGUACAGGUGUUAUCGCAGGUGCUGCUCCUAUCCAGGGCCGUUCUCCUGCAGGACCCAUGCCAGCUGGCCUCUCAGCUUUUGGGCCGUCUGGCCCAGAUAGUCUCCCAAGACAAACCAGUGGCUCCAGGGGAUCCAUACAAAUUCACCUACCUGCACAGCCUGCUUGCCCAGUGCCAGCGCUCCUCUCUGCCUACUCUGGUGCCCUCCUUCACCUGCCUGCUGCCCCCUGGUGGUUUGGUGUACACCCUGAUUACUGGUCACACAACUCCAGUUACUGCCAUUGCGGGAGGUCAACAUGGCUCUAUCGUGGUCACAUGUUCCAGUGAAGGGUCAUUGAGGCUGUGGGACCUGGAGCUGGACAGUGUGGUGCAGAUGCCAACUGGGAACGAGAAUCUUUUAGUGGCAGACUCCCUGACUCUGUGCUUGAGCGAUCGCCUGGUGGCCAUCACCAAAGGGCACUGCCUCCAGGUCAGAGAGCUGUCUUCUGGGAAGGUGCUGUACUCCGAGAGCGAGUCUUUGGAUGUUCCCGUGGUUACCUGCGCAUCUGAGGGAAAGCUGCUGGUGGUCUUCUAUGACGGGAGUCAAAUGGUGAAGGCAUUUGACCUGACGGCCUCCUGUAAGCUCUUGUGUCGCACCAGCAUCGCCCUGGAGUCCGAUCCUAUCCACAAAGACCGGUCCAUCCUGGUGUCCCGCAAUUCGGUCAAAGACAAUGUGCUGUUUGCCUACAGAAGUGGUAGGGAGGCCGCCGUGCUCAGUGCCCGAGGAGGAUCUGUUGUGGCUACAUUGAAAGCCCAGCAUCCAUCUGCUACCAUACAGGCAGUGGAAAUGACCCCUCACUAUCUACUGGUCUUCUGCAGCUACCCGUAUAAAAGCCAGGGUGAUAUCAUCCACAUCGAGCUCUUCAGCACGACCACCUUCCAGUAUCAGCGCUCCAUCCUGGGUUGUGGUCAGGACCUCGUUUCCCAGCUAACUGUCACCAGGGCUGGAUCCCACGUUGUGGCCUUUUGCCCCUCUGCUCGCAGUGGCACCACUGACAUCAUCGUCUGGAACCUCGAGACGGAGGACCACAAGCACCUUGCACGCUUUCCAGGAUUGAUCGCUCAGGGGAUGUGCUUUGACCUGCGGUUCUGCCUGGGGUUCUGCCGAGGUGAAAGGUUCCUGAGGCUGUGGAACCUUGUCUCUCGGCUCAACGACCAGAGCCUCACCUACAACAGUCACCGAGUGAGGAGAGAUGGCACCAAGGAGGUCAUCCCUUUGGGCAAGGUCCCCAGGUACGUGUUGUGCAGGAGCAUGCGUCCCGGCACCAUACGGGUAUGGAACGUCGCACGUCCUCGGUUGGCAGGGCACCCAGUGAGGGUGGAGCACGGCCUGUUCACCAACACAGAUGUGGCGUUGGCACGCGACCUCAAACUCUACAUCCUGACGGGCAGGGGAACCUCCAGCUUCACAGAAUCAGCCACUCCUGUCUACCAGACAUUGUUGGUGUAUGACCUGCUGAAAAGGAGCUAUAUAAAAAAACAGACGGGGCUCUUCGUAGUGCCUUGUCCACAGAAUGACUACACCAUGCUGAAAGACCAAGUUCUCUUGGGCCUCUCGGACACCAGGGACCAUCUCAUUUUGUGGGAUCUGGACUCUGGAUACAUCAAAGGUCGGAUCAAGCCGUCUCACAAAGAAUCUCUGCUGUCCAACACACCAGUGAGAGACAGGAAAUCCCAGAUCAUCCCAGUUAAAGAUCACAAAGUAUUCCAGCUGGUGAUGCCCUGGGACCGGCGCAUGGAGACGCACACGGCAAAGAGGAGACGCUUGGAGAGGGAGGCGCAGAGGGAGAAGGAGGAGCAGUGGCGUCUGGACCAGGAGAAAUUCAACGCCGUGGACCAGUACCUCCUCAGUGGAGACGAACAGGUAGUGGUGUGCUCGUACUUUGCUCACCAUCUGAGUGUGUUCUGUAUGAGCACCCUGGAUCACAUGCACACCCUGGAGGACCGCUCCUCUCUGCUGAACCUCCAGACAGCUGCUCUCACACACACCGGCGGGCACCUGGUGAUCAGCAACUACAGCGAGGCGCAGCACACCCCCUACCUCACCCUCUGGGACCUGAAGAGAGGCAUGGUGCGUAAGCGAUUGAAAAAUGAGCCUGGAGUCUGUUGUGUUGCCAUGACUAAUGAUGCCAGCCGAGUUGCAUUUGGCAUUGCUGCAAUAAAUAAAAUUAAGGUAUGGGAUCCAUUCAAAAGGAAGCACAAAACCAUUUCUGGCUAUGGGAGUCUACAAUUUGGGGUGGUGAACCAGCUUUUCCUUGUGGAAGAAGGAGCUAAAGCUAUUCUACUGGCUGGUGAGCUGAGCAUGUGGGACCUGAACGCGGGGACAGUCCUGUCGGUCUUCACGCCUGACUCCACCAUCCAGUGCGUGUCUCUCCUGGGUGACGCCAACAACACCAUUUUGCUCGGCUUCAGCGACGACCCCACCCUCAUCACUGUGAGGCUGAGCAACACGGGGGUCGUCAAGGCCACGCCUUGUGCCCGGCGGGAGGACCUGUUCGGCGAGUCCAGCAGCAGUGAGGAUGAGCAGAGUGGACAUUAACAGGCCAACAUCUCUGUUCAUUAUGGGAUGAAGAGAGAAUUAGCUAGGGUUGAUAUGGAAAGCAAUUGGAGUGAGAUGUCUGUUAUAUCACAUAUAUGUCCUCUUUAAUACAUAAUUAGAAUCACAGUGAAACUUACCAUAAUUGGGGAGACACCAGAAUAAGGGUGAUGGCUUUGAGCAAAUAUUUAUUUUCAACAAAAUACCUUCCUAUGAAUGAUGUCACAUGAAUCAAAUAAAUGUAAUUUAUUAUUAUAUAUUGUAAUUUAGGCAUUAUACAAUGAUGUAUUAUUUUCACGUUGUCAGAUUCUGUAUAUAAU